UGAGUGUGUUGUGUGUAUUGACUUGUCAGACUCAACUGGUAUAAAAAGUGUGAACGCAAUAAAUUUUGCAAAAACGAAAUUUAUUGAAAAAAACAUUGUUAAACAUUUAAUUUAACAACAUCUAUAAAACUAAACAUAAUUAAAAAUGCCACGUGGUAAAUAUGUGAAUCACAAAGGACGUAGCCGCCACUUUACCUCUCCCGAAGAAUUGCAGCAAGAAAGCGAUGAGGAGAGCAGCAGCGCAGAGUCAUCGGGUGAGGAAGACGAUCAACCUGGUGGUAGCAGUAGUAAAGCACGCGGUGCCAAACCAAAAUCCGCUGCUCCUGCUGGCAAAAUGCCCACAAGCAGUGAAGAAUCUGAUGAAGAUUCAGAAGAUGAUCGUGGUGCUAAUAAAGGUGUUGCCGGCCUAAUUGAAAUUGAGAAUCCCAAUCGUGCUGUCAAAAAGGCCACACAGAAAGUAGCGAAAAUUAAUAUAGAUGGUGAUGAGCCAGCUCCAAAACCAGAAUUGUCCCGAAGAGAUCGUGAACAAAUCGAAAAACAAAAAGCUCGCCAGCGUUAUGAGAAAUUGCAUGCCGAAGGAAAAACCGCUCAGGCUAAAGCAGAUUUAGCCCGUCUAGCUUUAAUAAGACAACAACGUGCUGAUGCAGCCGCCAAACGGGAAGGAGAAUUGAAAAAGAAGGCAACCGAUGACAAGAAAGCAGCUGGCAAAGCAUAGGCAGGGACAUCACCGCAACGGCACUUAUUUCUUCAAUCUUUCUCUAUUUUUUUUUUUUAAUUACUAUUAGUAAACAAAUAUUUUUUCUAUAUAAUUAAAAUAUCUAAACAAUUGCAAUGUUUUUUUAUAUGUAACAUGGAAAAUAUAUACUAAAAUAUAUUUUAAA